AACUGCAUGAACUAUGGGAACGAAUAUGUAGCCUUUGGCUAGAAGGAACGUCCUCUUUUAUACCCUCAAGCGAUUGGCUUAGGUUAAUGCAACGCUAUAUAAAAUAACGGUACUUUCAACCAAAAAUCUUUACUUUAAUUUCACUUCAACAUGAAUAUCAACGAGCAAGUUUCGUGUCCUAUAUGUCAAAUCGAUUUUCCAUCGUCGUUAAUUCAGUCUCAUGUUACAAAAUGUUUAUUUUUGAUCGACUCAAAUACCGCGGGUAUUUCAAAAGAGUCUAGUCAAAGUCCAGGAAGUAAAUCACUUAAAUCGAAAAGUUUUCCUAUGAAGAAACCCGAUAACAAGAUUACGAAAAGAAAAAUUAGUUCAGGACAAACAUUUUUAAUUACAAAGGGCGAUUCUACGCAGCAAGAUUUGGAGACCAAAGAAACUAUAAAUAAUCCAGCUAAAAAAUCUCGAAUUAAUGAACGCAUACCACUUGCCGAAAGAAUGAGACCCUCUAGUUUCUCAGGAUAUGUUGGACAGGAGCAUAUUCUUGGACCUCGAUGUGCUUUGUUUCAAUUAUUACAUAAGGGAGAAAUACCUAAUAUGAUUUUAUGGGGACCACCUGGAUGUGGCAAGACCUCUUUGGCAAAUGUCAUAGCACACAUAUGUAAAAAUAAUACAACCAAUAAGAUGCGAUAUGUAAAACUCUCCGCUGCUAUGGCAGGAGUUAAUGAUUUGAAAGAAGUGAUUAAUAUUGCUGCUAAUGAACUGAAAUUUGGUCGACGUACUGUAGUAUUUAUGGAUGAAAUACAUCGCUUCAAUAAGACUCAGCAAGAUGUUUUUCUUCCUCAUGUAGAAUCAGGAACUAUUACUCUUAUUGGAGCUACAACUGAAAAUCCUUCAUACAAUUUAAACUCUGCAUUGUUAAGCCGUUGUAGAGUAGUUCUUUUGGAAAAAUUGUCUACUUCUAAUUUAGUGUCUAUAUUAAAAUGUGCAUUAUCUUCGUUAGGUGGCAUAAUACAAAUUUCAUCCGAAUCAAAGUCUAUAACAAAUUUAUCAAGUGGAAUUAUUUCAGAAGCAUGUGGAUCUGGUACAUUGUCGAUUCCAAGAUUCAUUGUAGAUGAAGCUACCAUACAGUGGUUAGCAGAAACAUGCGAUGGUGAUGCUAGAAUAGCUUUAGGUGGUUUAGAACUUGCUGUGCUAUCUAAAAUGCCAAGCAAAGAGGAAUAUUUAGAAACUGAUCCUGUACUGAUAACAUUAAAUGAUAUUAAAGAAAAUCUAAGGAAAACACAUAUGUUAUAUGACAAAAAAGGAGAUCAACAUUAUGAUAUGAUUUCAGCUUUGCAUAAAUCGGUAAGAGCAAGCGAUGAAAAUGCUUCUCUUUAUUGGUUGACUAGAAUGAUCGCGGGUGGUGAGGAUCCAGUUUAUAUAGCAAGAAGAUUAGUUAGAAUGGCAUGUGAAGAUGUUGGCUUAGAGGAUCCAAAAGCUUUGAGUAUCGCUGUAAAUACCAUGAAUGGUUGUAAAAUGAUAGGUAUGCCAGAAUGUGAUGUUCUUUUGGCACAAUGUACAAUUUAUUUAGCCCGUGCCCCAAAGUCUAGAUUGAUGGAAGAUGCACUUAGAGCAGCUCAAAGCAUAGUAGCAAAUCAUAAAGGACCUCAACCAGGAGUACCGUUACAUUUAAGAAAUGGUCAAACAAAAACUCUUAAGAAUCUUGGAUAUGGUAAAGGAUAUAAUAUGUUGCAUAAAGACGAAUCUGGAUUAAAUUAUUUACCAGAAGGAUUAGAAAAUGUUGAUUUCUUUAUGAAAAAUGAGGAUAUUAAGUUUUAAGAUUUAUAGAAGCUUUUCUUUUUUUCCUUUUUAUAAAAUAUAUAUUUUUCUACAA